UCGCAGACGAGAGCAAAAUCGCGAUCGGGGGCCGUCUCUCUAGGCGGCAGCAGCCCGCGUUUUCAGUCGCCUCGUGAAACCCGCCGCACUCACAUCGAAAUCGCGCGCAAGUCGGACCGAAAUCGCCUCGAAUCGAAUCGCACUGGGAAGCAUAAACAUCAAAUACUAAUUAGUUGCGAGUCCAAAUCAAAUCGAUUUCCCUGCCCGCGCACUGCAGUCUGCCGUCGAGUCGAAAUAAAGAGAAAAAAAAAACAAAAAGAAAGUUUGGUAAAUCUAAUAAGAAGUUGCCAAAAUGCCGAAGCCCCUACUUAAUUCCUGCUGCCUGUGCCAAUCGACCCGAAAUGGCUCCGUCAUAUCGGGCAUCCUGGCAAUCGUCCUGUCGAUCAUUACCAUCGUGGUGAUCUUUACGACGCGGGUUCACUUUAAGACGAUAAUCUUCGACGUUAUCCCUAAUGAUAUCGUAAAGAUAAUACUCGUCGUCAAUUUGUGUAUGACGAUUUUGAUAUCGCUGCUCAUGAUUGUGGGUGUUCUAAAGCGGAACCAAUACCUGAUGGUACCCUGGGUGGUGCUGGGCAUUAUGAUUGCGAUCGGUCUGCUGAUCUCCGUGAUCUACACGGGCGUCGUCUUCUUCAUCGACGGCUAUGUGCUGACGGGCGUCCUCUGGCUGAUCUUCGGCCUAAUUUGCUGCGCGGUUCUCACCUAUUGCUGGUGCGUGGUGUACAGCGAGUAUGCAAAUCUGACCGAGGAAAACGAGCGCGGGCGCUACAACAAACAGCCGUACCGGCGCUAAGGAGCGAAAGUAAAAAUUUUCAUCAAAAAAUGCAUUCUAGAAGCAGACUUUCACACCCACACACCAUCAUCCUAGCUUCUUAUGUUCGUUUUUAGUCUAACUAAUAAUGUUAAUUUAGUUUAAGCGAGCCAGCCCUUCGCUCACAUCGAAUUUACGCGGCCCGCGGCAAUAAUGGAAUUAUGUAUUUAACAUUUAAAUAAAACUUUAAUCCAGAUAUUUUGUGAAUUUCUGUUGUAAUUUGUACGUAAUACUUGUAAUUGUGAAUGAGGAGAUCAAGAACCGAAAAAGAUUAACACGUGGAAAAUAAAAACAAACUGUUUAUUUAUCAACCGUUUGAGAGCACGA